AUAACUGCUAGACUGUAUUUCCGGUAUUAUAUAUCUCAUUGGUAACAAUUUAUGACUGGUCACCGAUAAGCGCGACUGGAUGAGGUGCCAUUUGUUCCAGUUAGGUCUUUCACACACUCGUUUGGUGUGUAUCAGAAGAGGAUUAAAGAAAAUGGCAUCUGAAGCAAAACGUGCCAAACUGACUGACGAGGAACGAGGAAAAGUUCUUGAACCGCUGAAAAGUGCUGGCUGGUCCACUGUUUCAGACCGAGAUGCGAUAUACAAAGAAUUUCUCUUCAAGGAUUUUAAUCAGGCAUUUGGAUUCAUGACUCGGGUAGCACUUCUUGCUGACAAGAUGGAUCACCACCCAGAAUGGUUUAAUGUAUACAAUAAGGUCCAAGUGACGCUGAGCUCGCAUGAUGUGAAUGGCUUGUCCCAACGCGACAUUAAACUGGCCACUUUCAUGGAGUGCCGAAGACUGUUCUGCUUGAUUCUGAUCUGUUUGUACAUCAUCGCCAUUAGAUUACUGAAUAUCUGGUUGUUUGUAAACUGAAGAUAAAAAAGGUCACAUUUAUUUCUUCCAGUGCCGAAGACUGUUCUGCUUGAUUCUGAUCUGUUUGUACAUCAUCGCCAUUAGAUUGGCAGUAUAUCCAGCAAUUAAAUUUUUCCAUUAAUAAAAUAGUCUUACCAUGUUAGUUAAGGAAUUGUUACAAAAUAAAAUUUGAGUGCAUAAGCAAAUGGAUCACAAAGGGUAGCUAUUUAAAAGUAGUAAUUUAUUAGGUGCCGUCCAUAGUUUUCAACAUUUUCACAAGUGUACAAGUAGUACGCUUUUGACAUCCCCCCCCCUAAAAGUGUACAUCCCCAAAAUGAAAAAUGUUGAUCGACAUUUUUCACUUUCAAAAGAAGUGUACGCUGGCCCAUAACACCCCCCGCGUACGCUCGUGAAAAUGUUGAUAAUUAUGGACGGCCCCUUACUGUACCACACAUGACAUGCCAUUGUAUUUUACAUGUGCUACAUGUAGUUAUGUUACAUUUUUUUAGCUCUUCUUAAAUAUAAGAUAUUAUUAAUUUUGAUACUUAAUAAAGAUGGAAAAUUUGUUAGUAUCUAAAUUGCUUCACAUAAAAAUAGGAUAGCAAUUAAUCUUUAUUUUUUUCCAUUGCAACUAGAACGUGGACCAGGCAAACAAGAAAAAAUGUGUGUCCUAGAACCCAACCCUACCUAGAAAAAAGGACUGAUCCUAAUUCUUGUUUUUAAUUCAAACAAAAAAUAAAAUUAAUAUGAAAAUAAAAA